CCCCUCCUUCCCUCUCUCUCUCUCCCCCUGUAUCUCUGCCUGGGCUGCUAUGGAGAGGACCGGCAUACUGCCGUACACACUGUCAGACAGCAACUUAAUGAAAGCGGUUAAACUGCGGGCUGUAAUUAGUGAGGACAUAGUGAGACCGACCAGCGCCAAGCCCUUCAUCCAUCAUUUGAACAAACUGCAUGAGUACACGCUGCAGUUAUGUAGCACCAGAGGAUACCAGCGGAGAUUCCGCAGGAUGGUGGAGCAGGCGCUGUUUGAUGAGGAGAUCUAUCAGACCCUCCAAAAAGCCCGAGUCCUGAACUGGUGCAGGGAGGUCAGGAAGCAAUUUCCACUCAAGGUUCCUGGAGAAGGGAAUAGUCUCCUACACUCUAUCUCACUGUACAUGUGGGGUGUUCCAGACACAGACCUUGUCCUGCAGAAAACCUUCCAUGAGGCAUUGGUGAAAGCACAUGAUGCAAACUUCAAAUUAAGAUUUCAGACAGAAUACAGAACAGACCAGGGAUUUCUCGAUCCAGCUCUGCUGCAUCAGCCUAAGAUCUGGGAUCAAGAAUGGCAGAAUGUGAUUGAAUCUUCCAAUCCUGGGUCUCCUGCAGGCCAUCCUUUGGCAAACAUUUAUCAGGAUGUCCACAUCUUUGUGUUAGCCAACAUUGUCAGGAGACCUAUUGUUGUUGUUGUAGGAAACUCAAAAGGAAGUUCCAAAAGUGUUUCAGAGAGGAUGACAUCGAGUCCAGCUGGGAUUUAUCUGCCUUUGCACUGGCCUCCUCAUCUCUGCUACUCUUACCCCAUUUUGCUCAGCUAUGCACAUCAAUAUUUCACACCACUCAUCAGUGUCAAUGAUGUAGGACCAGAAAUCAAUGCUUUUCCCCUGGCCGUUCCGAGUGAGCAGGGGAGUGUGGAGAUUCCGAUUCGCUUUCUGCUUGAUGCUGAAAAAUGUGACAGGAAGCAAGUACUGAGCAGUUAUCUGAUUGUGGUGACUCUGCCAGAUUGUUACGGUGGGACAUUUGCAGAUGCAGUUCGGUUGUAUAUAAAUCCUUUGCCUGAUGAUCUUAACUUGGUUCAAGAUUAUUUCCAGCUGGUUAAUCACCAAUACAAAUUCUGGCAGCAAAACACAGACAAAGAAAGGAGUGGGAGAAAUGAAGAUGGGCUUGCUUUCCUCUCUAAUCUGUCUAUUGUGGGAGACAAAUGUUUGACUCCUGGAUGCACGUACUUUUGCUCAAAAUUCACAAAGCCGUUCUGUCACACAUGUCGUGAUGCCUUCCGAAAAACAGAUGUGUCUUCAGGGGCCAACAAUUGUAAACAAAGUGAUGGCCAAGGAGACAAUGUGAAGGAGUUAGAGUCCCGAGGUACAACACUCCAUGGAUUGAAAGACAUCAGGAAAACCCCAUCAACUCCCCUCCAACCAGCACCACCAUUGUCAGCGCACAGUCCUUUCUGCAGUGAGAACAAUGCCCUCAAGUGCAAAACAUCUCAUUGUCCAUUCACUGGGAAUGUGACGAUGAAUGGACUUUGUCCAAGUUGCUUCCAAGAAAGAAGUGGCCACAUUCCAGAGGAAGGCAGUAAUUCUUAUCCAAAAGCUGAAGGUGAAUUUGUGGAAGAGGAGAUGGAUUUGUGGGGAGAAAGAUGCAACAGUUGCAAGCAAGUGAUAAGAACAUUCAAUGGUUUAUGUUUCCCUUGCUCAGAGAUGAGGGAUUCUCUCUCAAAGUCACAGAGCAGAACCAAGCAAACACCUUCGGGGUCACUGCAAGCUGCCGUGGCCAAGAUUGGUAACUAUGGACCACUUGUUCCACAGGGGCAGAGACAGACGUUUAGUCAGCUGGGUGAAUCAGCAAAGUGCAAAAAUCAAAACUGCCAGUACUUUGGGACUGAAGAACAGAAUGGAUUCUGUACCACGUGUUUCUUUAGAUACGUGGAAGAAAUUGGAGCGUCUGCUCAGCAGGAUCCAAACCAGCACGUUAAUCAUUCUCCAACUGCACCUAAUGGGAACCUUGCUCAGAUUUCAUCCCACCUUAAAAACAUGUCAGUUUGUUCUAAAGCUGAGUGUAGCAUGCUUGCCAAUCCAGUGUAUAGUGGAUAUUGUGAAAAAUGCUAUGUUUAUGUUCAGAGUAAACAUGCACAAAGAAUCAAGUCUGGCAGGGAUAUUCCUGCAGAUCAACACAUUUGGAGUCCUGUGCUGCCAAGAUGUCACAAUUAUAAUGCAUCAAAUGAUCAGGGAUUGUCUGACAGAACAACCAAUGAACUCUUUGAGGUGGAGUUAGUGACAAGCAGCAACAGCAGCAGUGGUCAUUUGCAAUCUUCACAGAUUCGCACUUUCUCAUCAUCAGAUCAACAGAACUUGGAGACAAGGAGAAAGCUUUGUAGAACUCAAGACUGUGAGAACUUCGGGAAUGCAAAAUGUGAUGGUUACUGUAAUGCUUGUUUCACCACCUUACAGCUGCACAGAAAGUAGAUAUUCUGGGGCAACAGACAGGGGGCACCAGUCGAUUUCACCCUCUCCCCAGUUGUUCAUUACCAACUCAUAAUGCAGUUCAGUCACAUUUGAGUAUCGAGCAAAAGACUAAUUUUUUUUCAGCAAAAACAAAGUUGGAAAAAUAAUUUGUAAUUUAUUUAAAAUUAAAGCACAUGGGACUGAGGACAGUGUAGUGACAUGGAUAGGGAGCUCGUUGGCAGACAGGAAGCAAAGAGUAUGAAUAAACGGGUCAUUUUUCUGAGUGGCAGCCAGUGACUAUUGGAGUUCAU